AUGGUCAAUUCAAAAGUGUUUCUCGAUGUCUCAAUUGGCGGUGAAGCCAGAGGACGGAUGGUCUUUGAGUUAUACAACGAUGUAGUACCCAAGACUGCGGAGAAUUUCUACAAGUUGUGCGAGGGCAAAGACGGAUUCUGUAAAAGCAAAGCGGACGUGCCUUUGAGCUACAAGGGCUCCCUGUUCCACCGUGUAAUCAAGGGCUUUAUGUUACAAUUCGGGGAUUUUACCAAUUUUAAUGGCACUGGAGGAGAAUCCAUCUACGGCGAAAAGUUCGAGGACGAAAAUUUUGCGCUGAAACAUGAUCGCCCUUUUCUACUUUCCAUGGCGAAUGCCGGCCCCAACACCAAUGGCUCGCAAGCGUUUCUCACAUGUGUGCCGACUCCCCACUUGGAUGGCAAGCACGUCGUGUUCGGAGAGUUGAUCCAAGGCAAAAGGAUAGCGCGUUCUAUUGAAAACCUUGCGACAGACUCUGGAGAUAAGCCUGAGAAGGAUGUAAAGAUCGAGAACUGUGGGGUCUUGCCUGCGGAUUACGUUGUUCCGGCAGACGCAGAACAGUCUCCAACCGACCGAUUUGGUGACAAUUACGAGGAGUCCCUGGCGGAUGACUCGAAAGUUGACACGGCCGAUGUCGAUUCUGUCCUGGCCGCUGUUAACGCUGUAAAAGAUAUCGGUACUAAGCUUUUCAAGACCCAGGACUACAAAAAUGCUCUAAAUAAGUAUGAAAAGGCUUCAGCUAUGCUCAAGCAGUACUUCCCUGAAGACCUUGCUCCGGAAAAAUUGCAGGCUGUCGAACAGCUAAAGGUGUCUCUCUUUUUGAAUGUUGCACUGUCAGCUCUGAAAUCUCGCGAAUAUCAAAAGGUUCUCAAGGCUGCAACUGAGGUGGUCCACGAUUCCACUGCUGACGACAAAAGCAAGGCUAAAGCUCUAUACCGUCGUGGGCUAGCUUACCACGGUCUCAAAGAUCCCGAAAUGGCCAUCACAGAUCUAGAGUUUGCCGCUACAUACCAGCAAAACGACGCAGCCAUCUCCAAGGCCAUUGCUGAUGCCAAGAGAUUGAAAAAGGACGAAGCGGCGAAGCAGAAAAAAUCCCUCUCUAAGAUGUUCGCUUAG